AUGUCUUCCUCAUCAAGUGAUGAAGUUGAUGAAGCUUUAGAAGAAAUGGUCGACCAAGUUGUUGAUAAUCACAUCCACUCAGUGAUUCAUGGUCACCCCAACAAGUCCAAAAGAUGGGCUUAUAUCGAAAGAGCUCGGGAACAAGGACACAAUCAGCUGUGGAACGAUUAUUUCAAUGAUAAUCCUACAUACCCACCGGAAAUGUUUAGGAGGCGUUUUCGAAUGAACAAAUCAUUGUUCCUUCGCAUUGUGGAACGUAUAAGUAAUGAAGUUCCAUACUUUCAGCAAAGACGAAGUGCUUGCGGAAGGAACGGGCUAUCUCCACUUCAAAAGUGUACGGCAACUAUACGUAUGCUGGCAUAUGGUCAAUCGGGAGAUACAUAUGACGAAUAUCUCCGACUUGGUGACAGUACAGCACGUUUAUGUUUGGCAAAUUUCACUGAUGCAAUAAUACUAUUGUUUGGAGAUGAAUAUCUACGAAGCCCUACAGCCGAGGAUCUUCAACGAUUACUCGAUGUUGGAGAGGUACGGGGGUUUCCGGGAAUGAUAGGCAGCAUCGACUGUUCACCAAUGCAGAAAAAAGCAAAUACAGGUUCAUAA